UGUUGCCGGCUAAAUGUUUGUUUGUGGUUAGCAAACGUUUUAUGCUUUAAAAUUGAUAAGAAAAGGCGACAAAAUAUGACGGGAACAAACGCCCAGAACGUUACCACAUACUACAUAUCGGAAAAAGUUUCUCAGGUGCGAUGGCUACCUGAACUGCAACAGCAGAGCGAUCGCUUCGUCACCGGCAGCUGGGAUAUAGCCAAAAAUUAUGUGCGUCUGUGGCGCCUCCAACAAAAUCCAUAUGUGAAUCAGAAUGUGCCAAUUGUGCCUUGCUGCCAUGACAAAGUGUCCAUGGAGGACGAUGUAACUGGCAUGGAAUUCGUGGACAAAAAUACUCUUGCUGUUGGUUGCGGUGAUGGCCAUCUCAGCGUUUUGAAAGUGCAACGCGCCGUGGAAAAGGAUCAGAUUCAGCGUAAAGCGCGCAGCGAGCUCUUGCACUACUUCAAAAGCGCCAACACCAGCAGAUCGGCGUCCUGCACUGGCGUAGCCACCUUUGGGACCGAUAUAGCCACAGUUGGAGAUGAUGGACGUCUCAAUGUAGUUAAUGCUGACAAUUUGCAGCAGGUGAAGCGUACCAUUGAAGCGGAUAGUGUGUCGCUUUUCGCCGUUGUGUAUGCGAAUCAUCAGGAAAUCUUCACUGCAAAUGGCAUGGGAGUGGUACGCAUGUUCGAUGCCCGCGCCAGCAAUGAGGCACAACCUAAUAUAGCCUUUGUCGUCGGCUGUCAGGAUGAAAAGAAUUUCAAUGGUGUAUCCUGCAUGACCACUCAUCCAAUGCAGAAGCAUAUUCUGCUUUGUGGCAGCGAAGAGGGCUCCAUUAGUGUCUAUGAUUUGCGUAAUUUACGGUAUCCUGCCUCCUAUCUAGGCGCACACAAUAGUCGCAUCACAGAUAUUGCCUUCCACCCCAAGGAUCCCACCAAGCUAUUCACUGCCGCCGAAUCGGGUGAGGUGUGGCUCUGGUCGGAGCAAAAGUCGCUCAUAAAUGCGUCUGAAGAACAGGAGGACUAUUGCGCCUGGCUCUGUGGAGAACGUGUCAGUGAUCUGGUCAAGGUGAAGGGCGUGCUAAGCAAUGUCUGCAAACCCAUCAAUUCGAUCGAUGUGCAUGGCAUGCGUCUAGUUUGUGGUAGCGAUGCCGAAAUUGUAUUCUUAGCCGAUAAUGUUUAGCAAAACAUAAAAAAUUUAAUUGUUUAUUCAUUUUUUGUAUAAAAUAAAUCUUUUAACGCAA